UGCUUAGUCACAAAGAAAAAAUCAAAGAGAGAUAAAAAGAAAAAGAAAAAAGCAAUAAUAAUAACUUCCUUAUAAAUUUCUCACGAAGAAACCAAAGCAACGAGAUCUGAAUCAAUGGCGUUGGAAUGGGUUGUGCUAGGUUAUGCCGCAGCAGCAGAAGCGAUAAUGGUGCUUCUUCUCACAAUCCCCGGCCUCGACGCUCUUCGCAAGGGACUCGUCGCUGUUACCAAGAAUCUUCUCAAACCGUUUCUCUCGGUGGUUCCGUUUUGCCUCUUUCUUCUGAUGGACAUUUAUUGGAAAUACGAAACGAGGCCAAGCUGUGAAGGUGAUUCUUGCACUCCAUCGGAACAUCUUCGUCAUCAGAAAUCGAUUAUGAAGAGUCAGCGUAACGCGCUUCUCAUCGCUGCUGCGCUUCUCUUCUACUGGCUUUUGUACUCCGUUACCAAUCUUGUUGUAAGGAUUGAUCUUCUUAACCAGCGCCUUGAACGCCUCAAGAGGACCGAAUGAAUUGCAAAAUUUCUUUCGAAUUUGUGUUUGUUGCAGGUUUUUUGAUGUUGUUGUUAUCUUAGUAAGUCACAAUGAACAAUUACUAUCCAUUUUAAUUUCGUUCUUAUGUAGAUCUAUGUUUGAAUGAUUAUGAGACGAUUAUUCGGUUAAUCGUAGUUAUGUAAUUUCUGCUUUGUUUGAACUUAUGCAACUUUUAUUGAUUGAAAAUUAGGGUUCGAUUUA